AUGUUGCACUGUUGUAUCAAGGUUGAUCCAUCGUGCACUGAUAGCUGUAAACCUCGAAGAUGCGAAUGUAUAAGAAGCAAAGGAUUUGUACGUGCAGGGGAUGGGGCCUGUAUUCCAGUGGUCGAGUGUUUCAAGUACAGAUAUCAUUAUAUAUCACCGGGUAAUGACCCAGAUAUACCGCCAAACAGCUUAUGGGGCAGGCUUUUGGCAGCAAUACAGGAAGAAGCGCUUGUAGCUUACGGAGGUGACGGAUUGAGAAAAAGGAAAGGUAAAAAACCAGAACCGAUGAAGUUGCAAAAUGGUAUGGAAUUAGUGGAAAGUGAGCAGAACAAGGUAGAGAAAAAUGGGACAAACUUAUCAGUAACAGACUCUGUCGCUGUUGGUUCGUCAUCUGAAGGUGUUGUUCUACCGGCUGCAAAUUUAUUAAAAAAAAAUUUUACGGAUAAAGAGGCAUUAUUUGAUAAGCCAAAAAGUCGAGAUGUGGAAUUGAGACCAGUAUCAAGAGUUUCACUGGUGGAAGAGUCAGCAAGUGAGCGCUUUGCCAUUCGUUGUUUGCCGCAUUGUUGUGAACCACCAUGCGGAUCCUGUGAACCGCCAUGUGGAAUGAAUUGUCCGCCGCCAUGUGGAAAAUAG